AUGAAUGUACUGUACACAUCCUUGUGUGUGUACAGUAAGUAUCUAUAUGUAUCAUAUAGGAAUUGUUGUACAUGUUCAAAAUUUCACACCUCUGACAGUGUUCCUGUCUUAUUCCUCAUUGGAAGAUAUCCAGCAAGUGUUGCCAUUGCUCUCUCCACCAUUAUCAUCUUUGGAGCUUCUGCGAGUGUUUAUGCCACUCUUGCACUCAAAAGACAUCCUUUAGACAAUCAGAGACCACUCAUUGAUUAUCAAAUUGCAGUCAUUGUGGAACCCAUUAUUUUGGCUGGUUCUGUGGUAGGAGUCUUUCUUAAUGUGUGGUUUCCGAAUUGGUCUUUGACAGUCAUGCUCUUGCUUGUCUUGUUAGUGGUGAGUUAUCGAUCGAUCAAGAAGGGAAGACAAAUGUGGAAGAAGGAAAAUGAAGAGAGAGCUCUUCAACAACAAGAAAAACAAGUUUCUAACUCUGUUGAGGAAGAAGAAAAUGUUGAAACUCAUCCUCAAAUGGUAGAAACUCGAUUGACAAAUGCCGAAUUCGAGUUGCAGCAAGACACAAGAAAUAUUCAGGAAACUCCAUUGGAAGAGAAUGUUGAGCAUCAUGAUGCUGAUUCUCAUCAUGUCCAUGAGGAGGAAGAUAAGAAUCUUGUUUUGGAAAAUUCACUCGAAGAAGCCUUAGAAUCAAAACCUUAUUCACCAACGUUGGAGAAAAUUAAGAAAUCAGAAUUGAUUGCAUUUCCUGUCAUUUCUUGGUGUUUAUUAUUGUUGAGCUGGUCCAUUGUGUUUAUUUCUUCGUUUUUGAAAGGAGGAAAAUCCUUUCCAUCCGUAUUGGGAAUUGCAAAAUGUUCUGUCGAAUAUUGGGUCAUUGUAGGAGCAUCAUUUCCUUUAUUGCUUCUCAUGUCUGGCAUUGCUGGAGUUAUUUUGAGAUAUUUGCAUCACAAAAAGGAACAACAUGGAUACAAUUAUUUAGAGGGAGAUAUCAGAUGGACCACUCGAAAUGUCACUCUCAUUCCAUUGGUCUUUUUCACAGCAGGUCUUGCAGCAAGCUUACUUGGUAUUGGUGGUGGAUUGGUGGUUGGUCCUCUAUUGUUAGAAAUGGGAGUGCAUCCUCUUGUGGGUGUUGCCACUUCAAGUUUCACAGUAUUGUUGACUGGCUCAUCGACUGCCAUUCAAUUCUUAAUUAUGGGUGUUGUCUCAUGGGAUUAUUUCUGUUGGUACUUUGUGUGUGGAAUUCUGAGUGGAAUUGCAGGUCAAGUUGUGGUGGCACUUUUAAUGAAACGAUUCAAUCGCCCAAGUCUCAUUGUUUUCAUUAUUGCCAUCUUUAUUGCCAUUUCAUCAAUAUUGACUGGAGCGAUGGGAAUUAAAUCACUGGUGGAUAAUCUCAUGCAAGGUGGAUAUUUUGGAUUUAACAAUAUUUGUUAG